UGCUCCAAGUCAUUUUGUUCCGUCUCGAUGCAAGACCAUCUGUACAGCGUUUCGCCCGUCUUGUAGGAUAUUCUUCCGUUCUCUCUUCGUGCUUAAUCAUUGCCCAGUGCAACUCGCGGACCCAGAAGUUGCUGUCAUCUGGUGUGAGACUUGACCUUCCCAUCCCCCGAGCAUGGCCGAGAGUGGUAAUGGUGACCUGAAGGACUCCAAUGGAACCGAGCAUCCGCAGGACACAUUACCCAAUGGCCACUCAGAUGAGCACGCGACCUCUGGAGCCAACGGCACCAACACCAACGGUACUACCACAGAGGGUAACAACGAGGACGGUGAGCCCGGAAGUGCAAACCAGCCGGCGGACAAUGUCUUCAGGCUUACCGUCCAGCUACCGCAUCACCCACAAACCGUCGAGAUCAUGGUCUCGAGCCAAGAGCAGAUGCAGGACAUACGCCAGUCAAUCGUAGACCAACCGCACACCUUCCAGUACUCUUGCUUCCAUCUGGAGCAUCGGGGCAAGCGAAUCAACGAUUUCGUCGAGCUGUCCGAAGUGGAAGAUAUAGCGCAGGAGCCCACGGUAAAGCUGGUGGAAGACCCGUACACCGAGGCGCAGGCACGCAUGCAUGUGGUGCGAGUAAGGGAGCUCAUAGGUGCUGCUGGCGAUCGCGUCGACUUCAUCAGCGCCAUAGACGCGGGCACGAGCCUUUGCGAUAGCGUCGAGCUACCUGCGAGCAAGAACGGCAAAGAAGACAGCAGUCCCAUAGCAAGCUACGACCUGCAUGCGCCUGGUCCCAUUUCGACGCUCUUACCAAAACAUACCGAUGCUAACCAACCGAAGACGGUCAAGAACUUGUCGCUAUCGGCGUGGAACCCUCCACCCUACCAUCUCCGCAUGCGAGGACACCUGCUCUACUUGCAAGUGACGACGCUUGAGGGCGAGCAAUACUACAUUACAUCCCACGUCACCGGUUUCUUCGUCAAUCGUUCUACGAACGCAAAGUUCGAUCCUGCACGGCGGAGCGCUCCUAAGGAUUUCCAUGCCCAUUCGCUUAUUUCACUUCUGGCGCAGCUGUCACCAGAGUUCAACCCUUCGUUUCAACGAUUACAAGAAUAUAAUGGCAAGAAGGAUCCAUUAGCAUCGUAUGCCCUCUCCAAUUGCAUACCCGCUGCACCAUGGCUCGUAUCUGCAACGUCGACCCAGCAACAUCAGCCCGAUCUGACACGGACGCAAGAGCCGUAUCUCUUGGCGGGCGCGGACAAUGCAGAGACACUGCGCGAUUGGAACGAGGAGUUUCAGUCUACGCGGGAGCUACCCAAAGAGACUGUGCAAGAGCGUGUGUUCCGAGAACGGCUCACAAGCAAACUCUUUGCCGAGUACAACGAAGCUGCAGUGCGUGGCGCCGUGCUGGUGGGUCGAGGCGAGGUACAGCCGUUGAACCCAACUGAGGCGAGGGAUGCGCAGAUCUUCGUGUACAACAAUGUCUUCUACUCAUUCGGCGCGGAUGGAGUCGGCACGUUCGCCGGCAGCGGUGGCGACGAAGCGGCGCGGGUCGCGACAGGGAAGGAUGUACAGGGUGUCAAGGCGGUGAAUCAACUGGAUAUCAACGGUCUCUUUACGGCGGGGACAGUGGUGGUCGACUAUUUGGGCAAGCGCAUUGUGGGCCAGAGCAUUGUGCCUGGCAUCUUCAAGCAGCGGGAUCCGGGCGAACACCAGAUCGAUUACGGCGGCGUGGAGGGCAAGGAUGUGAUUGCGAGUCAUGAAGCCUUCGUGCAGCCCUUUUCGGAUCUAAGCAAAGCUCUACGGGUGAAGAGGCACGCCGUAUGGGACAAGGAGCUCAAGCGGCAUGAGCUGGAAGGUAGUGUGGAGACGAAGGGAUUGUUAGGGACAGAUGGGCGCAAGUACGUCCUUGACCUGUACCGAACGACGCCGCUAGAUGUGACGUGGCUGGAGCAACAUUGUACGGAUCGUGUCAGCGAGGAGCAACGGUAUCCGCAUCGCAUGGCUGUGCUUAGGCCGGAGUUGGUGGAGUCGUGGAGGGUGGUCAAAUUGAGGGAGUACAUCUCGAAAGAGUUGGAAAGGAAGAGGGCGGAGAAGACGGAGGGUUCGGCGGUGAAGCUGACGAACGGGGAGGAGGAGCAUUCAGAUGCUAACGGCGGACUCACGAACGGGACCGCUGAGGAGCAUGAGGAGGGUGAGAGCAAAGAUGGCACCGCGAAGGUCGAGGCACCGAAGCAGCAAGAAACGGUCGAUGUGUCCGGCUUCUCCUUCACGCUCAACCCGGACGUUUUCAGUGGACAGCAACCGCAGUCAGAAGAGGAGAAGGCGGAGAUGGAACAGGAUGAGGCUGAAGUCCGCGCGGUAUGCAAGCACCUUAUCGAAGACGUGAUCCCACGCUUAGUGCACGACAUGCAAGAAGGCGAGAUCGGCUUUCCCAUGGACGGGCAGAACCUCGUACGGGAUAUGCACAAGCGCGGCGUCAAUGUGAGAUAUCUCGGCGCUCUCGCGAGGUUGUGUGAGGAGAAGGGUGGAAGUAAAGAUAAACGGCUGGAAGCGCUCAGGGCGUUGGCACAACAAGAAAUGGUUGCGCGAGCGUUCAAGCACACGUUCAACCGGUUGUCGAAGCCGCUGCCGCCGGCGUUUGCGCAAAGUUGUAUUGCACAUUUGUUGAAUUGCUUGUUGGGGUCGGAAACGAACGAGAAGCCGCAAGCGGAGGUUGAUGAGGAGGUCAAGAGUAUGUAUCCGGAUGUUGAGUUUGCGUUCGAGGGAGUGACACCAGAGAGCUUGGCGAUGGAGGUUAGAAAGCAGGUUGAAACAAGGUAUCGCUACGCGAUCGGUGAGGAGGAGGCUCUGGUGAAGUCUGGGAAAGAAUUGCAGAUGCUGAGGGAGGUGUGCCUGAAGAUGGGGUGGCAAGUCGAGGCGAAAGAGUACCAGUUCGGCAAGGCGGCGGUUGCCACGCAGCCACAAACCUUACAGCAGAAGUCAUCGAUGGACUCAUUGGAGGUACCGCAAACGAAUGGCGUACACUCUGAGAGUGGUAGUGUUGGCGGCAAGAAGAAGCGGAAGAAGCAGGCCGAUCAGUCACCUAACCGGGCAGUACUUGCCGCAUCACCGACAUCACCGUCGCAAACGUUUCAUCCGGAGAACAUCUUCAACAUCGUGCCGAUCGUGAAGGAAGCAUCACCACGCAGCGUACUGGCAGAAGAAGCACUCGACGCGGGCCGCAUGAGUAUUCAGCAAAAUCAGAAAGAUCUUGGGCAGGAACUUCUACUGGAGAGCCUGAGCUUGCAUGAGCAGAUCUACGGCAUUCUCCAUCCGGAGGUGGCGCGGGUGUACUACGCUCUGUCCACUCUGUAUUACGGGUUGGAGGAGAAGAACGCGGCUGUCGAGUUGGCGAAGAAGGCUGUUAUCGUGUCUGAGCGCACGCUGGGAAUCGACAACGCGGAGACGAUUCUGGCGUACUUGAACUGGAGUCUCAUGGAGCACGCAACGGGCCACACACGGAAUGCGCUCGCGCUUGUGAGGCAUGCGCUAGAUCUGUGGAAGAUCGUUUACGGGCCACGACAUCCUGAUUCGAUAACCACAAUCAACAAUGCCGCAGUCAUGCUGCAGACGCUGAAGCAGUUCCACGAGUCACGGGUCUGGUUCGAGGCGAGCCUUGAGAUCUGUGAGGAAGUUGCUGGUCGUGAGUCAGUCAAUACGGCUACACUGCUUUUCCAGUACGCGCAAAGCUUAGCGCUGGACCAUGACAGCCGAGGCGCGAUGAGGGAGAUGAAGAGCAGCUAUGAGAUCUUUGAGCGCCUGCUUGGGGCUGAGAACCAGAACACGAAGGAGGCGAAGGCGUGGUGGGAGACUCUUACUUCUUCUGCCGUCAACCAAGCCAAGGCUGCGCAGCAAGCUUCCACAAUGCUGGGAGGCGCUAACAGGCGCAUGUUCAUGCGGAACGGUACGAGAACGUCUCGCCUUGGUCUCGGGCAACGUCCACAACCGCCUGCUGCUGCCACUCAGCAGAACGGCGCAAUGUCGUCCGAGUCUGCCGCUGCUGCGCUGGAGACUGGGUUCGGACGGGCGGCGGGUGUGCUGGAUCAGAGGAGUCUGGAUGAGUUGGUGAAGUAUGUGAAUGGGGAGAAGGCUGGGCAGCAGAAGUCGACGCCGAAGAAGAAGGCUGCCUCUAACCCGAAGAGGAUGCCUGGGCAGACCCGGGCGGCGUAGUCACGGUGUUCAGGCUUGGCGGAUGCAGAUGCUUGCCUCAGGGCGUCUUGUUCGGUGAAAAAGCACGGUUGCCUCGGCGCGAUGGGUAAGUGCAUAGCGUGGUUUCGCAUUUUUGGCGUGUAUUGUGUGAAUGUAUAUGUGCAAGUGUACAAUAAGGCUCACCGCUCACGGAGGAAACAUGGAGGGAAGGGGCUUUCACUGUUGUAUACAACUGUAUUAUAUGACCGUUCCGUCCUUGAGCUGUAUCGUUCCGUC